GAAAGGAAACGGGAAGCGGUAAGAUAGUUUCAUUUGGCAGUUUCCUGCAUGAAAAUUACUUAGACAUUGCACACAAAUCUUUUGUGAAAGAAGAAAAGGAAAUUCAGUUUGUGGGUCUCAGCAGGAGUUAAGCUAAUGCAGCUUAAAAUAAUGCCGAAAAAGAAGCGCUUAUCUGCAGGCAGAGUGCCCCUGAUUUUCUUCCUGUGCCAGAUGAUUAGUGCACUGGAAGUACCUCUUGAUCCAAAACUUCUUGAAGACUUGGUACAACCUCCAACCAUUACUCAACAGUCUCCAAAAGAUUACAUUAUUGACCCUCGAGAGAACAUUGUGAUCCAGUGUGAGGCCAAAGGGAAGCCUCCUCCAAGCUUCUCCUGGACCCGAAAUGGGACUCACUUUGACAUAGAUAAAGACCCUCUGGUUACUAUGAAUCCUGGCUCAGGAACCCUCAUAAUAAACAUCAUGAGUGAAGGGAAAGCAGAGACCUAUGAAGGAGUCUAUCAGUGCACAGCUAGGAACGAACGUGGAGCUGCAAUUUCGAAUAACAUUGUUGUCCGUCCGUCUAGGUCACCAUUGUGGACCAAAGAAAAACUUGAACCAAUAACACUUCAAAGCGGCCAGUCUUUGGUUCUUCCCUGCAGACCCCCAAUUGGAUUACCACCACCUAUAAUAUUCUGGAUGGAUAAUUCCUUUCAAAGACUUCCACAAAGCGAGAGGGUUUCCCAGGGUCUGAAUGGAGACCUUUAUUUUUCCAAUGUUCUCCCAGAGGAUACCCGUGAAGACUAUAUCUGUUAUGCCAGAUUUAACCAUACUCAAACCAUACAGCAGAAGCAACCUAUUUCUGUAAAGGUGGUUUCAGUGGAUGAAUUGAAUGACACUAUAGCUGCUAAUUUGAGUGACACUGAGGUUUAUGGUGCUAAAUCAAAUAGAGAGAGGCCACCAACAUUUUUAACUCCAGAAGGCAACACAAGUAACAAAGAGGAAUUAAGAGGAAAUGUUCUUUCACUAGAGUGCAUUGCAGAAGGACUGCCUACGCCACUUAUUUACUGGAUGAAAGAAGAAGGAACACUACCCUUCAACCGGACAUGUUAUAAGAAUUUUCAGAAAACGCUACAGAUCCUUCAGGUUUCUGAAGCAGACUCCGGAAAUUACCGAUGUAUAGCAAAAAAUGCAUUAGGAGCUAUUCAUCGUACCAUCUCUGUUACAGUUAAAGCGGCUCCGUACUGGAUCACGGCACCUCAAAAUCUUGUGCUGUCCCCAGGAGAGGAUGGCACCCUAAUCUGCAGAGCCAACGGCAACCCCAAACCCAGUAUUAGUUGGUUAGCAAACGGAGUCCCAAUAGAAAUUGCCCCUGAUGACCCCAGCAGAAAAAUAGAUGGUGAUACCAUUAUUUUUUCAAACGUUCAAGAAAGAUCCAGUGCAGUGUAUCAGUGCAACGCUUCUAACGAAUAUGGAUAUUUACUGGCAAACGCAUUUGUGAAUGUGCUGGCUGAGCCACCACGAAUCCUCACAUCGGCAAACACACUCUACCAGGUGAUUGCAAACAGGCCUGCUUUACUAGACUGUGCCUUCUUUGGGUCUCCUAUGCCUACCAUUGAAUGGUUUAAAGGAGCUAAAGGUAGUGCUCUUCGUGAAGAUACUUAUGUUUUACAUGACAAUGGGACUUUGGAAAUUCCUGUGGCCCAAAAGGACAGUGCAGGAACUUAUACGUGUGUUGCAAGGAAUAAGUUAGGAAUGGCAAAGAAUGAAGCCCACUUAGAAAUCAAAGAUCCAACCAGGAUCAUUAAACAGCCCGAAUUCUCAGUUGUGCAAAGAGGGAGCACAGUGUCCUUCGAGUGCAAAGUGAAACAUGAUCACACCUUAAUCCCUACUGUUCUCUGGCUGAAGGACAAGGGUGAGCUGCCCACUGAUGGAAGGUUCACUAUUGACAAGGACCAUUUGGUGGUAACUGAUGUAAGUGACGAUGAUAGUGGGACCUACACGUGUGUGGCCAACACAACUCUGGACAACGUUUCUGCCAGCGCUGUGCUUAUCGUUGUUGAUGUCCCAAAUCCUCCCUUUGAUUUAGAAUUGACAGAUCAACUUGACAAAAGUGUUCAGCUGUCAUGGACCCCAGGCGAUGACAACAAUAGCCCUAUUACAAAAUUUAUCAUUGAGUAUGAAGAUGCAAUGCAUGAGGCGGGGCUAUGGCACCACCAAACUGAGGUUCCUGGGACACAGACCACAGCCCAGCUGAAGCUGUCACCUUAUGUGAUCUACUCCUUCCGAGUGAUGGCAGAGAACAGCCUCGGGAGGAGCUUGCCCAGUGAGCGGUCUGAACACUAUUUGACUAAAGCUGCAGAACCGGAUAAAAAUCCCACAACUGUGGAAGGACUAGGAUCAGAGCCCGAUAAUUUGGUGAUUACAUGGAAGCCUUUGAAUGGUUUUGAAUCUAAUGGGCCAGGCCUUCAGUACAAAGUAAGCUGGCGCCAGAAAGAUGGCGAUGAUGAAUGGACGUCUGUGGUUGUGGCAAAUGUAUCCAAAUAUAUUGUCUCAGGCACGCCAACCUUUGUUCCAUACCUGAUAAAAGUUCAGGCCCUGAAUGAUGUAGGGUUUGCUCCAGAACCAGCUGUAGUCAUGGGACAUUCUGGAGAAGACCUCCCAAUGGUGGCUCCUGGGAACGUGCAAGUGACGGUGGUGAACAGCACCUUAGCUGAGGUGCACUGGGACUCAGUUCCUCUGAAAAGCAUCCGAGGACACCUACAAGGCUAUCGAAUUUACUACUGGAAGGCACAGAGUUCAUCAAAAAGAAGCAGACGCCACAUUGAGAAAAAGAUCCUCACUUUCCAGGGCAGCAAGACCCACGGCAUGUUGCCCGGGCUGGAGCCCUUCAGCAACUACACGCUGAAUGUCCGUGUGGUCAACGGGAAAGGGGAGGGCCCAGCUAGCCCGGACAGAGUCUUUGGGACCCCAGAAGGAGUUCCCAGUGCCCCGUCCUCUUUGAAGAUCAUUAAUCCAACACUAGACUCUCUCACUUUGGAAUGGGAUCCACCGAGCCACCCAAAUGGCAUCUUGACUGAGUACAUCUUAAAAUAUCAGCCAAUUAACAGCACCCAUGAAUUAGGCCCACUGGUAGAUUUGAAAAUUCCUGCCAACAAGACUCGCUGGACUUUAAAAAAUUUAAAUUUUAGCACUCGGUAUAAGUUCUAUUUCAAUGCACAAACAUCAGCAGGAUCAGGAAGUCAGAUAACAGAGGAAGGAGUAACAAGUGUGGAUGAAGCUGGUAUUCUUCCACCUGAUGUAGGUGCAGGCAAAGCAAUGGCAAGCCGGCAGGUGGACAUUGCAACUCAAGGCUGGUUCAUUGGUCUAAUGUGUGCUGUUGCUCUCCUUAUCUUAAUUUUGUUGAUUGUUUGCUUCAUCAGAAGAAACAAGGGUGGUAAAUAUCCAGGUAAGAAAUAA